UAGGCCAAAUAAUUUAUCUCUCUGGGCCUAAUCAAAGAUUAUAACUAUGUAAUUAAAUAUCGCGGUGCAAAAAAAAAAUCGAUAUUGGCAAAGUAAUCGGAUAUGUGCAUGGACCGAUAUCCCGUAGAAACGAUAGCAAACACUCAUUCCGUGCGUUCCUGCUUUGAUGAAAAUGGCAGCCUCCUGCCUAGCUGUAGCAGUAAACAAACCCCAUAUCUCAAUGACACCAUCGCAGUUAUUGUUUAUCAUUGUUCUGCUAGUUGGCACCACGAAUUUGUCAACAGCCUCAAGUCCUUUGAAGCACUUUUCUACUAAAACACCCUACGCAUGGAUAACUUCUUCAAAAACCACAGAACUUGUCGACGACGAAAUGUAUCAUUUGACUGAUGUUGAAGGGCUGAGUUGUUCGGCUGUUCAUGCAAAUGCAGUUAUUCGCCAUGGGUCUAGAUUUCCAGGCUUGGAUGAUGUGCUUGAAAUUUCAAACGUACACGAAAAGCUUGUGGUUGCUAUGGAGCCAGAUGUUAAUCCGGAGUUAUAUAACUGGGUUAACAAUUUUCCCAGCAACAACAACAAGGCUCUGUCAAGUCUCGGGGAGGAAGAGCAGGAAGCUUUGGGGAGUCGGUUGGCCAAAAAACUCCAUACUCUAUUCUCUGAUGAAGAUUUUUCGAAUUUCAAAUUCAUGGUGUCAAGUGCUGAACGUACGAAACAAAGUGCCAGUGCAUUUUUUGAGGGAUUGUCCACUGUUGUCCAAGGAGAAGAAGAUGAUGCUGAUGAUUUUGAUGUGGAAGUUAAUGAUGAAUUACUAAGGUUCUUUGACUUGUGUAAAAAAUAUGUUUAUUCUGUUGGAAAUAAUAAAACGGCAAUGAAGGAGUAUACUACAUUUAUGAACAGCCAUCAGGUUGUUAAAAUAAAGGACAAAAUGUCUGAAAAGCUGGGAAUAAGCAAAGAUAUUUUGACAACAGCAAAUGUUCGACUAAUCUAUUUGAUUUGUGGAUAUGAGACUGCAUCAUUUAAGUCCUCCCCAUGGUGCUCUUUACUGGAUGAAGAGGAUAUGGUGAUCUUGGAAUAUCUGGGAGACCUCAAACAUUACUACAAAAAUGGUUAUGGCCAUGACAUUACUUGGCAGCAGAGCUGCCCUUUGCUGAACGAAAUGUUCUACGUCAUGGAUGAAACUAUUGUUGAGAUUGAGACUACAGAAGAUGAUGAAGAAAUGGAUGGCUUCAUAGUGGGGCACUUUGCUUUUGGUCAUGCUGAAACUGUGGGCCCUUUGCUCUCAGCUCUUGGUCUUUUCAACGAUUCUGAGCCUCUACUCGCAGGAAAUUUUGAGCAGCAGGAGAAGAGACUUUUUCGUACUAGUGAGAUUUUGCCUUUCUCUUCAAAUGUUCUCUUUGUGCUUUAUGAAUGUGUUCCCGAAGAGUUUGGGGAGGAUGAAGAAAUUGAUGAGGCAGAUUAUUACUUGAGACUGUUUGUGAAUGAAGUACCUGUGAAGAUACCAGGAUGUGAAGAACUGUCAUGUCCUUAUAAAACUGUCAGGGGCCUGUACCAUUCUUUUGUGGAAGAAUGUGACUUUAAGAAGAUCUGUAACAGCUCCCAUCCUAAAGAUGAAUUGUGAUGGAGGUCAAGACUGUCUAAUGGUAAAAUUUUUAAAGGAUUUUUCUUCCUUGAAUUGUUCGCUGUUGUCUUUUUACAGAGUUCAGGUUAGACAUUUAUUGUUUUCACUUCAUUUAAACGAAAAAUAUAUGCGAGGCAUUGUGGUGAAAUCAGACACUCGUGAAAUGAA